UAUACAAUGAUGCGCACCGCGCAGCCGAAGAACCAACAGAAGUGAAGGCGCAAAAUCUCUCGUGCUAGCGUUGCUAGAUUUAAUUUAACAUACAUUAUGGACUGGAAUCAGACCUGGUGUAGUCCGGUGGUUCGGGACAGUGAAGUGACACGGGCAGCCCGAAGAAAAAGUUCACAUAAAAAAGUAGCAUUCCCUCUGGCACAGGAUGGCAGUCCUGGGACGAGCACAACCCCAGCCAGAUCACUGCUCCGCCAGACACCUGGAUCACUGCACAAACAAACAUUUACCCCCAGAAGUUCCCUGAGGAACCCAGAUAUGUCCACAAUCCUUGGGACAGGAAGCAGAACACCUCGCUUUAUGAACACACCCCGUACCAAAGGCAAUCUGAGCAUGAACUUGGAUGACAGCGAUUGGACAAACAGUCUUUUCCCUUCCCCUCUGUCUGGAAUGGAAAACAGCUUCACUGAUGAUGUCUCCAUGAGUGCUCUCAUGCUGAAGGAAGAUGAUCCGGGAGAGGCUGCCACUCUAAGUUUAUUCCCAGAUUUCCAGCAGUCGUAUCUGCGUCAUGCAUCCACGGCUGUGUUUGAUCUACUGGAGGAAUACGAGGCUCUCUGUCAGGAUAAGGUCGGUACGUUGCAGAAACUGGUUCUCCGGUCAGCAUCCGGCCAGCAGAAAUCCUCCAAGACGGUCAGUAUCACCUGGUUACUGCAGCAAGAGAUGGUGACAUGGAGACUCAUAACAUCCCUUUACAGAGACAGAGUCCAAACGGUGCUAGAGGAAGAUAUCAUGAUGGACAUAACUGCCCCUAGUGAAAGUGAAAAGUCAGUAAUGGAGCAGUUUUUCCAGAAGGACAGCAUGGUGCGACAGAGCCAGCUGGUGGUGGACUGGUUGGAGAGUAUAGCUAAAGACGAGAUGGGAGAUUUCUCAGAUAACAUCGAGUACUACGCCAAAUCGGUGUACUGGGAGAACACUCUCCACACGCUGAAGUUAAGGAGGAAUCAGUCCAGCAGUGGCUUCAGCAGGCCUUUAGUCACAGAACUGGAUCCUGACGCUCCCAUCAGACAGAAGAGACCACUUGCAGACCUGGACAGAGAGGAUGACAUGCGCCUGCUGAAAAACCUCUUCAACCUCAUACGAGCAGGCAUGACCGAUGAGGCUCAGAGGCUGUGUAAGCGUUGUGGUCAGGCCUGGCGUGCUGCAACUCUAGAAGGCUGGAAACUGUACCAAGACCCCAACAUCAAUCGAGGAGGCGGAGAGUUGCAGCCGGUGGAGGGGAAUCCUCAUAGGAGUGUGUGGAAGGUGUGCUGUUGGAGAUUGGCAGAAGAGGAGCAGUUCAACAAAUAUGAACGAGCCAUCUAUGCAGCACUUAGUGGAAACCAUAAACAGUUGUUACCUGUGUGUGAGACGUGGGAGGACACAGUGUGGGCGUAUUUCCGGGUGAUGGUGGACACUCUGGUGGAGCAGGAGAUCUGUUCCUCUGGUUUGGGCAGUGAGGAACUAGAAGAGCUGCCCAGGGAAUUCCUAGAGACCAAUUGGACUAUGGAGAAAGUCUUUGAAGAGCUUCAAGCAACAGAAUCCAAAAGGGUUAUAGAGGCAACCAAGGAGCACUACCAUGUUAUCCAAAAGUUUGUUAUUCUUGGAGACCUUGAUGGUCUUCUGUGUGAGUUCAGUGAUUGGUUAGCAAGAACUCCAACUUUGCCAGCCCAUCUUUUGCGCUUCAUGUCACAUUUGGUGUUGUUUUAUCGCAGUUUGGGAAUGCAACUCAAGGAGGAGGUGUGUGUGGAUGUUCUGAAGGCUUACAUCUCACUGCUAGUGAAGGAGAAGCAGGUGGAUCUCAUUGCGUUUUACGUCAGUCAGCUGCCUGCUGACCUGGCAGUGUUACAAUAUGCUCAGUUCCUGGAGGAAGUCACUGAAACCGAGCAGCGCAAACACUGUCUAGACUUGGCAACACAAGCAGGUUUGGAUGUGGCGUCAAUCACUAAGACCGUGGUAGAGACCAUCAGAGAGAGAGACACCGAUGAGUUUGCCCAUCAUGACCUGACCCCUGCAUUAGACACGGCUACUACAGCGGAGGAUCAACAGAAGAUUGAUGUCAUUGAUUGGCUGGUGUUUGACCCCGCCCAGCGAGCUGAAUGCCUGAAGCAGAGCAAUGCCAUCAUGAGGAAGUUUUUAGCAUCUAAGAAGCAUGAGGCUGCUAAGAUGGUCUUCGCCAAAGUGCCGGAAGACUCCAUGCGCGAGAUCUACCACCAGUGGGAGGAGCAGGGCAUGGACCCGGCCCAUCUUGCCGAGGAAGAGAAUGCUAUUCGUGAACACCUUUGUAUUCGUGCCUAUCUGGAAGCUCAUGAAGCAUUUAAUGAAUGGUUCAAGCAUAUGAAUUGUCCUCCGGUGAAACCCACCGCACCAGCGCAGGCUAAGUUUACAGAGAAGGUGGCCCAUGAGAUGAAAGAGGCAGAGUACAAUAUGGAAUAUGAGAACUGGCAGGGGCGUCUGGGAGCUCUGACAGAGGACGUGAAGGAAAGGAUCUAUAACGUGCUUCUGUUUGUAGAUGGGGGCUGGAUGGUAGACGUCAGAGAGGACGCAGACGAAGAUUCUGAGCGCGGUCAUCAGAUGACUCUCCUGAGGCGUUUGUGUCUGCCUAUGAUGUCCUUCAUUCUGUUAACCGUACUGCAGCGUACCGAACGCCACCAGGAGAGUCUCCGUCUCGCUGACAUCAUUGCGUCUGACCAACACAAACUAUACGAGGUCUUCUCUAAAGAGGAGCUGCAGAAGUUUCUUCAGAAGAUGAGGGAAUCCUCACUGCUACUGCUGGAUAAAGGGCUAGAUCCACUUGGGUAUGAGAUACAGCCCUAGAGUAGUGUCUGUUUGUUUCUGUUAGUCUGUUGUCCACAAUCCCAUUUGGGGAAAA